AUGAGUUGUGAAGGGUGUGGGAAAGCUUUUUCUCGUAAGGCACACCUUAUUAGACAUCAGAGAAUUCACACUGGAGAGAAACUCUAUGAAUGGGAAGGGUGUGGGAAAGCUUUUUCCAGUAAGUAUUACCUCAGUGAGCAUCAGAGAAUUCACAGUGGAGAGAAGCCUUAUGAAUGUCAAGAGUGUAGUAAGACUUUCCAAUGGAAAUCAUCCCUCAGUCUCCAUCAGAGAAGUCACACUGGAGAGAAACCCUAUGAAUGUGAAGGGUGUGGGAAAGCUUUUUCCAGUAAGUGUUACCUCAGUGAGCAUCAGAGAAUUCACACUGGAGAGAAACCCUAUGAUUGUGAAGGGUGUGGGAAAGCUUUUUCCUGUAAACCACACCUCAUUAGACAUCAGAGAAUUCAUAGUGGAGAGAAAUCCUAUGAGUGUCAAGAACGCGGGAAGGCUUUCCGCCAGAAAUCAUCCCUCAGUCUCCAUCAGAGAAUUCACACUGGAGAGAAACCCUAUGAUUGUGGGGUGGGGAAAGCUUUUUCUAGUAAGGCACACCUUAUUAGACAUCAGAGAAUUCACACUGGAGAGAAACCCUAUGAAUGUGAAGGGUGUGGGAAAGCUUUUUCCUGUAAGUCAAACCUCAUUAGACAUCAGAAAAGUCACACUGGAGAGAAACCCUUUGUUUGUGAAGUGUGUGGGAAAGCUUUUUCUAGUAAGCCACACCUCAUUAGACAUCAGAGAAUUCAUAGUGGAGAGAAAUCCUAUGAGUGUCAAGAAUGUGGGAAGGCUUUCCGCCAGAAAUCGUCCCUCAGUAAACAUCAGAGAAGUCACAGUGGAGAGAAGCCUUGUCAUCCCGAAGUCCAGCACGCCUCAGAGUUUCCUGGCCUGCGAGGUGGCCUGCAUGAAAGUCCUUCAGCACCGGAACUUCUCCAGCUCUUCCAGGUGGUGGACACCGAGGAUGAGGGGCUGCUGGUCCUGGAGCAUGCGCAGGAGGGUGGCCUGGAGGACUACCUGUUGAAGCAUGGGCACCUGGGGGAGAUGGAGGCGCGCCACCUCUUCCGGCAGAUCCUCGCCGUGCUCAGCUACUGCCACGCCCGGGGCGUGGCACACCGGGACCUGAAGCCGGAGAACCUGCUCUUGGACUGGCACCGAAACAUAAAACUGGCAGACUUCGGGCUCAGUGCCCAUUUCUCCGGGGCGGCGCUGCUCAAGACCCCCUGUGGCAGCCCACAGUUUAUGGCACCCAAGAUCCUCCAUUGCCAGGAGUACAGUGGCCCCGCAGCAGACAUCUGGAGCCUGGGGGUGGUCCUCUAUGACAUGGUCACCGGGGAGCUGCCCUUCGAGGGCACCAGCCUCGGGGAGGUGUGGGCCAGGGUGCUGAGCGGCGUCUACCACGAGCUGCACUACCUCUCCCAGCUGUGCCGGGACCUGCUGAGGAAGAUGAUGACGCUCGAUCCACAGAGCCAUAGAAACCUGGACAGCAUCAUCCAGCACCCCUGA